AUGUCGGAUCCCGUCGUUUUGCAGUCCGCCGUGCGGGUGCCUACGCCUCCGCCAGGCGCUUCCUAUUCUCCCCAGCCAUCCGGCUCACGAAAGCGAUCGCCUCCCUCUCGUUCACCUUCGCCUAAUCGACGUCGUUCGCCCCCUGGUGACACUGUGGGACCUGAUGGAGAUGUGCCGCAUAUCGAUUCCGACCGUGCGAUCGAGCGAGAGCGUCAGCUAGCGGAGCGAGUACGCGAACAUGAAAAACAAGAAGCCGCGCGAAAGCCUAUGACUGAGGAGGAAAAACAGGCCUCAGCUAAGGCGGAAUAUGAGAAGCUCCUCAACAUGCGCUCGGGUGGCACCUAUAUUCCUCCCGCGCGACUUCGCGCUCUCCAAGCACAGAUUACAGACAAAACCAGCAAAGAGUACCAACGAAUGGCCUGGGAGGCUUUGAAGAAGUCGAUCAACGGUUUAAUCAACAAAGUCAACGUCUCAAACAUCAAAUACAUUGUUCCAGAGCUUUUCGGCGAGAAUCUUGUCCGUGGCCGUGGUUUGUUCUGCAGGAGCAUUAUGAAGGCCCAGGCGGCAAGUUUGCCUUUUACGCCGAUCUAUGCUGCCAUGGCGGCGAUUGUCAAUACAAAGUUACCUCAGGUUGGAGAACUUCUCUUGAGCCGGCUGAUCAUCCAAUUCCGAAAAGCUUUCAAGAGAAACGACAAGGCGGUGUGCAUAUCGUCGACAACGUUCAUUGCGCAUCUAUGUAACCAACAGGUCGUACAUGAAAUGCUUGCGGCGCAAAUAUUGCUCCUUUUACUUCACAAGCCCACCGAUGAUAGCGUCGAAAUUGCCGUCGGGCUAACGCGGGAAGUUGGCCAGCACCUGGAGGAAAUGAGCGGGCCCAUCGCGUUGGCAGUGUUCGACCAGUUCCGGAAUAUUCUCCACGAAGCCGACAUUGACAAGCGUGUGCAGUAUAUGAUUGAAGUUCUUUUCCAGGUACGCAAGGAUCGAUACAAGGACAACCCAGCUGUCAAGGAGGAGCUUGAUUUGGUGGAAGAGGAGGAUCAGAUAACCCACCGAAUUGGGCUGGAUGACGAGAUUGAGACUCAAGACACCUUGAACAUAUUCAAAUACGACGCCCAGUGGGAGGAUCAUGAGGACGCCUACAAAAGAUUGAAAGCAGAGAUUCUCGGGGAAGGGAGUGAUGACGAAGACGAGAGCGAUGACGGUGACGAAAGCUCAGAGGAGGAAUCCGAAGAAGAGCGACAGAUGGACAUCAAGGAUCAAAGCAAUACGGAUCUUGUGAACUUGCGCCGAACGAUUUACCUGACAAUUAUGUCCAGUAUCGACUUUGAAGAGUGUUGCCACAAGUUGAUGAAGAUUUCGUUGCCAGCCGGCCUGGAACCGGAGCUUCCCUCAAUGGUCAUCGAAUGUUGCUCCCAAGAGCGGACAUACUCGAAAUUCUAUGGUCUUAUUGGUGAGAGGUUCGCAAAGAUUAACCGUCUCUGGUCGGACCUCUUUGAGAACGCAUUCGCCAAGUACUACGACACUAUUCAUAGAUACGAGACCAACCGGCUGCGCAAUAUUGCUCGAUUCUUUGGACACAUGCUGAGUACCGACGCCCUCGGAUGGCAUGUAUUGUCCAUCAUUCAUUUGAACGAAGAAGAGACGACAUCGAGCAGCCGUAUCUUCAUCAAAAUUCUAUUCCAAGACCUCGCGGAGAAUCUUGGUAUACCAAAACUACGAGAGCGCAUGACCGAUGAGAUUCUACGUCCAAGCUUCGAUGGCCUGUUCCCCACGGACAACCCACGCAACACGCGCUUCUCAAUCAACUAUUUCACCAGCAUCGGUUUCGGUGCAUUGACAGAGGAGAUGCGCGAGUUCCUGCAGAACAUGCCCAAACCUGCAGUUCCUGCCUUGCCA